AUGGCCGCCAUCCCAGCCCCCCGCCUCGGCGUGCGUCUGCUCGCGCUCACGCUCCUGCAGCUGCCCGGCCUGCAUUUCGCACCCUUCGACGUGAUCGGGCCCCCAGAGCCCAUCCUGGCCAUGGUGGGCGAGGCCGCCGAGCUGCCCUGCCACCUGUCCUCCAACGAGAGCGCGGCGCACAUGGAGCUGCGCUGGUUCCGGGAGCAGGUGUCGCCCGCCGUGCUGGCGCACCGCGACGGGCGCGCACAGGACGCGGAGCAGAUGGCCGCGUACCGGGGCAGAGCCGAGCUGGUGCAGGACGACAUCGCCCAGGGCCGCGUGGCCCUAAGGAUCCGACCGGUCCAGGCCUCGGACGACGGGGAGUACCGCUGCUUCUUCAGGCAGAACGACCGCUACGGGGAGGCCAGCGCGCGCCUGAAGGUGGCAGCUCUGGGCUCCAACCCCCACAUCCACAUGGGGGUGCAGGAGAGCGGGGAGACCCGGCUGGAGUGCACCUCCGUGGGGUGGUACCCAGAGCCCCGGGUGCAGUGGAGGACUCCCCGAGGAGAGACGUUUCCAUCCGCGUCAGAGUCCCGGAGCCCCGACGCGCAGGGCCUCUUCACGGUGGCAGCCUCCGCGGUCAUCACGGACAGCUCCGUGGAGAGUGUGUCCUGCCAUAUCUGGAACCCCCUGCUUGGCCGGGGCAAAGAAGCAGAGAUUUCCGUGGCAGCUCCCUUCUUCCCAAGGCUGACCCCGUGGGCGGUGGCUUUGGCCGUCAUCUUGGUGGUCCUAGGAAUUCUCAUCAUCGGGUCCGUGUUCUUCACCUGGAGGCUAUACCGGGACCGAUCCGGACAGAGGAAGGGUGAAUUCAGCUCCACAGAGAACCUCCUGGAAGAGCUCAAGUGGAAAAAGUCAACACUUCACGCAGUUGAUGUGACUCUGGACCCAGACACCGCCCACCCCCAUCUCUUUCUGUAUGACGGUUCCAAAGCUGUCCGGCUGGAAGAUUCGCGUCAGAAAGUGCCCGAGAAGCCGGAGAGAUUCGACUCCUGGCCCUGCGUGCUGGGUCGGGAGGCCUUCAGCUCCGGGAGGCAUUACUGGGAGGUGGAGGUGGGGGACAGGACCGACUGGGCCAUCGGGGUGUGCAGGGAGGACGUGCCGAAGAAAGGGUUCGACCCCAUGACUCCGGAGAAUGGGUUCUGGGCGGUGGAGCUGUAUGGAAAUGGGUACUGGGCCCUCACCCCACUCCGGACCCCCCUUCCGCUGGCAGGACCGCCCCGCCGGGUGGGGGUCUUCCUGGACUACGAGUCAGGAGACAUUUCCUUCUACAGCAUGACUGACGGGUCCCACAUCUACACUUUCCCCGACUCCUCUUUCUCUGGCCCCCUCCGGCCCUUCUUCUGCCUGUGGUCCUGUGGCAAAAGGCCUCUGACCAUCUGUCCCGUCACGGACGGGCUCGAGGGCGUCACGGUGGUUGCUGAUGCCAAGGACCCUUCUGGGGAGAUCCCACUGUCCCCCAUGGGGGAGGAUGCUGUCCCUGGGGACACAGAGACCCUCCAUUCUAAACUAACCCCUACCCAGCCCAGCCCAGGGGCACCAUAA